UUAUUUUUACAUCGUGUAUUUGGCCGGAAAAUUGACCUAAAGGUCCUUUAAAUUACGGUCUGUAUGAAUCAGGCUUUACACAUUUCAUGUGCGAGACUUAAAACACCGCGCAUGCGUUUAAAUUUUAUUUGAAUUUUUUUCAAUGUCGGAAGAAAUUAUAACCUAUAUUCUCUAUGAAAACUGAUGUGAAUGAUAGGAACUUAAUUUGGUUCGAAAAGGUCAAGUGCUGAAAAUGAUCUCAUUAAAUCGGAUAAUAAUCUGUGGCUCACUAAUACCAUUUUUUAUUAUGCUCACUGUACUCUAUGUUAUUGGAGUUGCAAGAUAUAUCACCGACUUUGAGGAAAAUACAUGUGAAAUGACAUAUAUGUUCGAGUAUCCGCAGUACGUGAGAAUAUCUUUGAAAAAUGAUAUAGAAGAGAAAUAUCCACGAUUUGGAUUAUAUGCUUAUGGAGAAGGUUUUCUAACAGAAAGAUUGAGAAGAAUGCACUUUACUGGUAUACCAGUUCUUUUUGUACCAGGCAAUGCUGGUUCUCAUGAGCAAGUACGAUCUAUCGCUUCAGUAAGUUUAAGAAAAAGCCGAAAGACUUUUCACUUUGACUUUUUUACUGUUUCAUUCAGUAAGGAUUAUUCUGCAUUGUAUGGAGGCGUGCUCAUGGAACAAACUGUAUAUGUCUCACAUUGUAUAAAGGCAAUACUAGCUUUGUACAAGGGCAAGAUGAACAAUGUCAUAUUGAUUGGUCAUUCUAUGGGUGGCAUUGUGGCGAAAGGAGCUUUAUUGCUAGCGCCAAAUAUGAAUGUUUCAUCUGCAAGUAUGAUAAUAAAUUUGGCUACUCCUCAUACUCCCUCUCUAGUCCUCGAUAGUAUCUUCGCCAAUUAUUAUUACAAAUUGGAAAAAUAUUUGUACAAAAUUAAGGAUGCGGGAGUUAAAGUAGUAUCGAUUGGAGGUGGGCCACGUGAUAUACUUGUAUCUGCUGCACAAACUUUCGAUCGCACAGCGGAUAUAAAUGUUCUUUCUACGAGUGUACCGACCGUUUGGAAAUCCACCGAUCAUUUGAGUAUUCUGUGGUGUAAACAACUAGUGUUCGCAGUUGUUCGAUCGCUAUUUGAUUCCGUGGAUCAUUCGGCGAAACCGCCUAAAAUUACAUCAAGCCCUGAUUUGAAAAUGGAGUCCCUGUCCUAUCACUUUUUACAACAUACUUCGGGCAAGAAAUUAUAUCAUUAUACGGAAAAAGUUCAGUUUGAAGUUGAUGGUGAGUGGGUGAGCAUACCUCAACAGUAUGUCUGGAAUAAUAAGAACGGAGCUAAAAAAUUAUCUACUAUAUAUCUUGCGGUGGAACUGUUUCACAAAUCUGACUUCUUAACCAUUGAUGCGAUAAAUUUACAAAACAAGGAUUGGCUGUUUGUGUGCUCGUCAUUAAAAAAACAAGAUCAAAAAAAAAUUUGCGAAUGGGGUUGGAAUUUGACAAAUAGUACAAGACUUAUACCUGAUCCUUUAUAUCGACCAAGAAGGACUAUCGAUUUAGAUCUGAGAGAAAUAAAAUAUCCACACGUUACGCAUGCUAUUGUGAGAAUAACUCCAGAAGAUUUGGAGAAACACCUUACAAUCAGCUUCGAUUCCUAUUUCUACAAUAAUCGAAUUGAAUCUACAAGAAAUAAAUUCUUACAUCCUAAAUAUCUCUUUGGCUUUCGCGGGCCUAAUUUGAUUGAAACCAUGAAGAGAAGUGUAAGAUAUUAUAUAACACUUCUCAACAUCAUAGACGCAGUUACAAUUGAAUUGAAAUCGCCGAAUUGUCCUAAGUAUCAUGCCAUCGUCGAAUUGUUAGAGCCGAAUGUUGGGUCGACGCAAUCGAGAAUUUUCACGAACACAGACGAUGGUCCGAAAACAAUGAAAAUGCAGACGCUCUACGGACGUUCUAAUGAUACAGCAAGUUUGAGAAUGACGUUAGAACCAGAGUGUGUUUAUAUGAUCAAUGUUCAACCUGGAGGGAUCAUUGACAAGAUUUCUUGUAGAAUACGGGAUCGUUGGCCAUUGCUUUACAUGGCUAUUAUUAGUUUACUCCUACUUUUCAUAUCUAUAAGGAUACAUUACGAUUCAGACACAUUACCGACGAUAAUCAUUACCGUAAUAUUGUCCUUUAUUUUUAACGUUACUUAUGAAACCUGUAUUGCUUUAUGUAUCAUUGGUAUAUCUGCCAUUGGUGUGUGUCUCUCUGUCAUAUUUCUUGGCUCGGUUGCACAUGGAAUAGCUGUUAGGUUUAUAGCACGUGCAAUAGCGUUCUCGAUAACGUGGUCAGACUGGUUAUUGACUGGUUUAAAUCAGCUACCAUUUAUUAUAACUGUUCUCGUGCUAUCUUUAAUUCCAACAACAUGUGGAGCUCUUGGUAUGCUCAUUUCAGUAUUCCUUUAUUUUUUGAAAUUGACAAAGAUGUAUGAAGAUUACUUGGAGGAUAUAUUACUGGCUCCGCUCCAACAUUUCAAUUGGUUUAAACGUUUGAAGAGUAAAAAGAAUGCAGAAGAAAAUAAAGAUAGAAGUAUUAGUCAAGAAAUAUACAAUCAUCUUAUCCUGUUUUUGUUAUGUACUUUUGCUGCAAUUCCAGCAGUUCCAUCUGUCCUAGUUUGGGCGAAAAAUUUCAGUUACGACAUGAGACUCUCUACAGAAGAUCCUGUCCUUAUGGCAAGUUGGACAGUAUUAGCUGUUUGCAGUAUAUUAGGUAUUGUACAGAUUUCUCCUAACCAUAAGGGAUAUCGUUCGCUUAUAUUAAGCAAUCUGUUGCGUUUCACAAGUUGGGUAAUUCUAUCCAUGACAGCAGCCCCACAUCCGUCCUUUUAUCAAUGGUGUAUGCCACCUAUUACUGCCAUAAUAGUGAUGCUCAUCACACUAAAUUCCAUAAUUCCUUAUGGACAAUCUAAUUAAAAUACUAUUUGAUAGAAAUUACGUUUACAGUUUACUGUGAUUGGCAGAAAUGUUUACAUAUAGCUUUUGUACGGUUUAUCGUUGAUUUUGUAUAAAAAUUUGAAUUCAUGAUUGUGGCAGCAUUUUUAAAAUUUGUAUUAUGUUUCUAAUAUUAUAAAUUAAACGAUAAUAACAACACACAUUGACAUACAAGUAUUAUUUUAUGUAAGAGAAAUCAAAAUGUAAUCAUGCAAAUAAGAUAAAACUUACUUUAUGGCAACUUGUUCGUACAUAUCACAUUAACAAUAGUUGUAAAAUAACCGAAAGAUAUUUAUAGCUAUAUGUAUAUAAUACAAUAACUUAACUCUUAACUUAUUGUGAUAUAAUAUAUGUGAGAUAAUA